AUGAGCAAUAGAAGAGCAAUAGAUAUUGAUUUUGGUACAGCAUAUUCAUGUGUUGCUGUAUUUCAAAAUGGCAAUGCUGAAAUCAUUCCUAAUGAACAAGACAAUCGAACAACGCCAUCAUUUAUUGCAUUUACCAAUAACGAACGUUUGAUUGGUGAUGCAGCUAAAAAUCAAAUAUCUAUGAAUUCAAAGAAUACAAUUUUUGGUUUUAAACAACUUCUUGGUCAUAAAUUUAAUGAUGCAACUGUACAAGCUGAUAUGAAACAUUGGCCAUUUAAAGUAAUUAAUGAUAGGAAUAAACCAAAGAUUCAAGUUGAAUAUAAAAAUCAAAUAAAAUUAUUUACACCUGAAGAACUAUCGUCAAUGAUAUUAGCUAAAAUGAAGAACAUGGCAGAAAUUUAUCUUGGUAAAAAAGUUUCCGAAGCUGUUAUUACUAUUCCAACUUAUUUUAAUUCUUCACAACGUCAAGCUAUCAAAGAUGCUAGUACUAUUGCUGGUCUUGAUGUAUUACGUGUUUUAUAUGAACCAGCAGCAGCUGCUAUUGCUUAUCGUUUAGUUAAAAAAACUUCGGAUGAAAAAAAUAUAUUAGUUUUUGAUUUGGGUGGUAGUAAUGUUAAUGUAACAAUUUUAAUAAUUGAAGAAGAUGUCAUUGAUGUUAAAUCAAUAGCUGGUAAUACACAUUUAGGUGGAGAAGAUUUUGUUAAUCGAAUGGUUGAAUAUUUUAUUCAAGAGUUUCAACGUAAAUAUCAUAAAAAUUUAUUAAAUAACAAACGUGCUUUUCAACGACUACAUAAUGCUUGUGAAUGUGCUAAAAUUACUUUAUCAUCAUCAUGUCAUGUUUUAAUUGAAAUUGAUUUAUUACGUGAAGGUAUUGAUUUCUAUUCGAAAAUAACUCAUGAAUGUUUUGAAGAACUUAAUAUUGAUUUAUUUCGAUCAAUACUCGAAUGA